AUGAGCGCACGAACACGACGACAAAAGGCCGCUCUCGCCGCAGAGGAGAGCGAAGACUCCCCCGCUGGAAAUGGCUCGGUGUCAACACCCUCCAAACGCACACCAUCGAAGAAGAGAUCCAAGUCCGCUGUGCGGGAGGGGGAGCCCAAGGAGAACGUCUUCUUGUUUGCCCCCAACAUCAUCGGGUACUCCCGAGUUGUCCUGACAUUCGCCUCCCUAUAUUACAUGCCCCUCCACCCCCGGACAUGUUCAUUCCUCUACACCGUGUCGUGCCUCCUCGACGCGUUGGAUGGCUACGCAGCACGUUAUUUCAACCAAUCUACUACCUUCGGUGCAGUAUUGGACAUGGUGACUGACCGCUGCACGACCGCUUGUUUGUUGGUCUUCCUGAGCUCUGCCUGGCCGCGCUGGGCAAUCGUCUUCCAGGCCUUGAUCUGCCUCGAUAUGGCCAGUCACUACAUGCACAUGUACGCGACGCUCAGCAUGGGUGGAUCCGAUCAGAGCCAUAAGAAGGUCGAUUCGAGCCGUAGCUGGAUCCUCUACCAGUACUACACCAGCAAGACCGUCUUGUUCAUCUGCUGUGCUCUUAACGAGGCUUUCUUCAUUGGCCUCUACCUGCUCUCCUUUUCUUCGCCUAUUCUGUCUCCUUCGCUGUUGCAACCGGUCCCUGACGCGCAGGCUUCCUCUGCUCAGCCCGGAAACCCCGCCCACCCCGAGCCCGCCAGUCUGUUUGCCAGCCCCUGGAGUGCUGGUGCCCUUGAGAUGGCUCGUGCCAACAAGCUUGAGAGCACCUGGCCAUGGAUCAUCACUGGCAUCUCCCUCCCCGUGAUGGCAUUUAAGCAGUUCGUGAACGUGGUGCAGAUGGUCAAUGCCGCACGCUGGAUGGCCGAAGGUGACCUCAAGGCCCGCCGGGCCAACCGCAAGAAAUGA